GUGGAGAUGUCUCGCAGGAGCCCUUUUGCCUCCUGGCUUUGUGCUAUGCUCCACUGCUUCGGAAGUUACAUACUUGCUGAUCUGCUACUUGGAGAAUCACCCAUCGAUUACUUCAGUAAUAACGCCAGUGUCAUUCUGGCCACAGCGGUCUGGUAUUUGAUAUUCUUCUGUCCCAUGAACCUCUUCUACAAGUGUGUAAGCUUCCUGCCCGUGAAGCUCAUCUUUGUGGCAAUGAAGGAGGUGGUCAGAGUUCGCAAAAUCGCAGCUGGGGUCCACCACGCUCACCACCGUUACCACCACGGGUGGUUCAUUAUGAUGGCUACGGGAUGGGUCAAAGGUUCUGGUGUUGCCUUGAUGUCUAACUUUGAGCAACUGCUGCGUGGGGUCUGGAAGCCAGGAACAAAUGAAAUUCUUCAUAUGUCCUUCCCUACAAAGGCUAGUCUGUAUGGCACAGUCCUCUUCACUCUGCAACAAACUCGCUGGCUCCCUGUCUCUGAAGCCAACCUCAUCUUCUUUUUCACCAUGUUCAUGAUAGUUUGCAAGGUUUUGAUGACGGCAACUCACUCUCACGCCUCACCUUUUGCUCCAGUGGAAAGCUUCCUCUGCCCGGUUUUCUUUGGCUCUGUUUCCAGCGGACACAGUAGUCAUCAUCAUGAUCACCACGGGGCCUCCCAUGAGGCUUCCCAUCCUCCGCCUCCUCCUGCAAAGUCAAAAGAGGAGCUAAAUGAAGGCACAAGGAAACGGAAAGCAAAAAAAGCUGAAUAAAAAAGCAACCGCACAGUAAAUAGGCCAAGAAAAUUCUUCCAGAGCCGAGUCUCAAAACCACCUGUGACCUCCUUUACCUUCCAGUCCUUCUCUCUCAGACUCCAGAGGAGAGGUGGAAGCCAGGACACUGCCAGGCGGGUCCCUGAAUUUCAUUUGUGCUCUCUGUGCUGCUGCUUGCUUCUUGGUGUCUGUCUCUGCUCUGAUCAUAUCUUCAGGGAUUUGUAGAUUUGUGCCAGGAUGAGAAGUGGGUGCCAGUUCCCAAGCUGUCAGCAAUUAUCAUGCAGCAUUUUCAGUUGAUGUAAAAUCUUUCACUGUGUUUAUUUAUGAAUGGAGGUA